UUUGAGUGACAGGCGGCGGCGGGGCCGUGGGGACCGGCAGGUGAGUUCCGGGCCGCCUGCGGCUGCUGCUUGCUGGGCCAGCCGGGCCUUUCCUUCAGGAGCGACCCUCGCUGGCCCCGGGGCUGGCCCUGACAGAAGCGCCCGACGCGGCCGCGGCCAGAUCCCUCGCCCGACACCUGCCAUCUCUGCAGACCAGCACAGCCCACACUGCCCGCCGUCCCGGGAGCAUGUGAUUGCUGGCUGGGGGCUUCGCCGUGCCUAGAGGUGAGUCCAGGUCACUAUGGGGGACUCCAAGACUCCCUGCCCUCACCUCGACUCCAUAGGCGAGGUGACCAAGGAGGACUUGCUGCUGAAAUCGAAGGGAACCUGCCAGUCAUGCGGCGUCACUGGACCCAACCUGUGGGCCUGCCUCCAGGUCGCCUGCCCCUAUGUCGGCUGUGGAGAGUCUUUCGCUGACCACAGCACCAUCCAUGCACAGACCAAAAAGCACAACUUGACAGUAAACUUGACCACAUUGCGGGUGUGGUGUUACGCCUGUGAGAAGGAGGUGUUCCUGGAGCAGCGGCUGGCGGCCCACCCACUGGCGCCAGCUUCCUCGGCCAAGUUCUCUGAGCAGGAUUCUCCCCCGCCCACCCACCCACUGAAAGCUGUCCCCAUAGCCGUGGCUGAUGAGGGGGAAUCCGAGUCGGAAGACGAUGACCUGAAGCCCCGAGGCCUCACGGGUAUGAAAAACCUUGGCAACUCCUGCUACAUGAAUGCCGCCCUGCAGGCCCUGUCCAACUGCCCUCCGCUGACGCAGUUCUUCUUGGAGUGCGGAGGCCUGGUGCGAACCGACAAGAAGCCAGCCCUGUGCAAAAGCUACCAGAAGCUGGUCUCCGAGGUGUGGCACAGGAAGCGGCCAAGCUACGUGGUCCCCACCAGCCUGUCCCAUGGGAUCAAGCUGGUGAACCCAAUGUUCCGAGGCUAUGCUCAGCAGGACACCCAGGAGUUCCUGCGCUGCCUCAUGGACCAGCUGCACGAGGAGCUCAAGGAGCCGGCAGUGGCAACGGUGACAGUGGAGGCUCGGGACUCAGACUCAAGCGACACUGACGAGAAGCGGGAGGGCGAUCGGAGCCCGUCCGAGGACGAGUUCCUGUCCUGUGACUCAAGCAGUGACCGUGGUGAGGGUGACGGGCAGGGGCGUGGCGGGGGCAGCUCGCAGGCCGAGACGGAGCUGCUGAUCCCAGACGAGGCGGGCCGCGCCAUCUCUGAGAAGGAGCGGAUGAAGGACCGGAAGUUCUCCUGGGGCCAGCAGCGCACAAACUCGGAGCAGGUGGAUGAGGAUGCGGACGUGGACACAGCCAUGGCCGCCCUCGGCGAGCAGCCCUCAGAGAGCCAGCCACCGUCCCCGCGCUCCGCCAGCCCCUGCCGGACACCAGAGCCGGACAACGACGCCCAUCUACGCAGCUCCUCUCGUCCCUGCAGCCCCGUCCACCACCACGAGGGUCACGCCAAGCUGUCCAGCAGCCCUCCUCGUGCCAGCCCCGUGAGGAUGGGGCCAUCCUACGUGCUCAAGAAAGCCCAGGUGCCGAGCGCCGGCAGCCGGAGGCGGCGGGAGCAGUGCUACCGUAGUGUCAUCUCGGAUAUCUUCGACGGCUCCAUCCUCAGCCUGGUGCAGUGCCUCACCUGUGACCGGGUGUCCACCACGGUGGAGACGUUCCAGGAUCUCUCGCUGCCCAUUCCCGGCAAGGAGGACCUGGCCAAGCUGCACUCGGCCAUCUACCAGAACACGCCAGCCAAGCAGGGCUCCUGUGGGGACAGCUACACCGCCCAGGGCUGGCUAGCCUUCAUCGUGGAGUACAUCCGGCGGUUUUUGGUGUCCUGCACCCCCAGCUGGUUCUGGGGACCCGUUGUCACCCUGGAAGACUGCCUUGCCGCCUUUUUCGCUGCUGAUGAGCUCAAGGGUGACAAUAUGUACAGCUGUGAGCGGUGUAAGAAGCUGCGGAACGGCGUGAAGUACUGCAAGGUCCUCCGGCUGCCCGAGAUCCUGUGCAUCCACCUGAAGCGCUUCCGGCACGAGGUCAUGUACUCCUGCAAGAUCAGCAGCCACGUCUCCUUCCCCCUCGAAGGCCUCGACCUGCGCCCCUUCCUGGCCAAGGAGUGCACGUCGCAGGUCACCACCUACGACCUCCUCUCCGUCAUCUGCCACCACGGCACGGCAGGCAGUGGGCACUACAUCGCCUACUGCCAGAAUGUCAUCAAUGGGCAGUGGUACGAGUUCGAUGACCAGUACGUCACUGAGGUCCACGAGACGGUGGUGCAGAACGCGGAGGCCUACGUCCUCUUCUACAGGAAGAGCAGUGAGGAGGCUGUGCGGGAGCGACAGCAGGUGGUGUCUCUGGCUGCCCUGCGGGAGCCCAGCCUCCUGCGCUUCUACGUCUCCCGUGAGUGGCUGAACAAGUUCAACACCUUCGCAGAGCCAGGGCCCAUCACCAACCACACUUUCCUCUGUUCCCACGGAGGUAUCCCACCCAAUAAAUACCACUACAUCGACCACCUGGUUGUCAUCCUGCCCCAGAAUGUCUGGGAGCACCUGUACAACAGGUUUGGGGGCGGCCCCGCCGUGAACCAUCUGUACGUGUGCUCCAUCUGCCAGGUGGAGGUGGAGGCGCUGGCCAAGCGCCGGAAGGUGGAGAUUGACACUUUCAUCAAGCUGAACAAGGCGUUCCAGGCCGAGGAGUCACCCAGUGUCCUCUAUUGCAUCAGCAUGCAGUGGUUUCGCGAGUGGGAGGCCUUCGUCAAGGGCAAGGACAACGAGCCCCCUGGGCCCAUCGACAACAGCCGCAUCGCACAGGUCAAGGGCGGGGGCCACGUGCAGUUGAAGCAGGGGGCUGACUACGGACAGAUCUCCGAGGAGACCUGGACCUACCUGAGCAGCCUGUACGGCGGCGGGCCCGAGAUCGCCAUCCGCCAGAGCGUGGGCCAGCUCCAGGAGCCUGGCGGCCUGCACGGGGAGCACAAGAUCCAAGCCGAGACGCGCGCCGUGUGACUCAGCGGGCCAGUCUGCCCGUGUCUGCCCCUCCCCGUGGAGGGCAACGCAGAGCCGGAUGUGUGCCGAGGCAGCGCUGGUGUGUUCACGGCGAGCAGUGCUCCACCAGGAAAUAGAUGCCCUCCAGGCUUGUUUCAACGACCAAGACUCUGUGACGUUCAUUCAGCAUCAGUCACUGUUGCCCUCGCGUUCCCAAACCCGGCCGCCCCCGGCUAGAUGGGGCGCAGCCUCUGUCUGUGGUGCGCAGAGCCGCUUUCCCUCCAGUCAGGGCCUGGGGCUGGCACCGAGGCCAAGAACAAACACUUCCCCUUCGCACACCUGCCCGAUGCCCCAGGGACUCAUGGCUGGAAGCUGCUGGCCGGGCAGGCUUGGGUGGGGGGCAUGCAGCCACGCCUUCCUCCUGCCUCUCCCUGCGUUGGGAGGAAGACCCCCGCAUCCUGGGCUGCUCCAAGGGCUGGGUCCUGCUGCAAGACGACUUGGAACGCCUAUGAACUUGGACACGCAGCAGGAGGAGUGUUGGUGCAUUCCCGACCUUGGGGUGUCGGACCAGCAGCCUCCUAACCCGCCUGGGGAGAGCCUGCCAGCCCCCAGGGAGCCGGGCACGAAGCAGAAAUACCUCACUUCUGGGCCGUGAGGCUAGCCUGCCUGCCGGAUGGUGAGCAGCAAGGGCAGGCUCUCAGGUUCAGAGUGAAAGAGGUGGAAAGGGAGUCCUGAGAGGAGCCCCUGGCCCCCAUGCCCUUUGUUCUCCGUGGCAAUGGCAACCUGGGGCCCUGCUGCUGGCCCACUCCCAGGCCCUGGCCUUCUCUGCCCACCCUCUCUCGCGUCCUCUUGGGCUGGCCGGGCAGGUUGUAAACUGGCCUUGGCCCACACGGCCAUUCUGUGUCAAGGGCAUCCUAAUAAACAGAGAUGCGUUCCCACAGCCCCACCCCACCCCGCUGUCUGCUCCACGCCCUGAUUCUAUUUCUGUGGGAGAGAUGGGGCAGGGUUGGCUCUGCCCACACAGGCUGGCUGUGCCCCUGUGAUGCCUGG